UUUACGGCACUGCCUGCUUGUUGACGGCCAUCAGUUGCCAUAGAAACCACCAACAUGGCGGCGGCGGCGGCACAGACGGAUCCACCGGAGAACGGAGAGAGUUCGGCACCGGGAGCGGAGGGAGGUUCGGCCGCGGUUCCGGGCUCCCCGGUGUGUCUCAUCGUGUUGGGCAUGGCGGGUUCCGGGAAGACCACCUUCGUCCAGAGGCUGACGGCUCAUCUCCACGCCCAGAACUCCGCUCCUUACGUCAUCAACCUGGACCCUGCUGUGCACGAGGUGCCGUUUCCUGCCAACAUCGACAUCAGAGACACGGUGAACUACAAGGAGGUGAUGAAGCAGUACAGCCUGGGGCCCAACGGCGGCAUCGUCACCUCGCUCAACCUCUUCGCCACGCGCUUUGACCAGGUGAUGCAGUUCAUCGAGAAGAAGCGUCAGAACCACCGGUACGUCCUGAUCGACACGCCGGGUCAGAUUGAGGUCUUCACCUGGUCGGCGUCAGGAACCAUCAUCACGGAGGCUCUGGCGUCGUCCUUUCCCUGCGUGGUGAUCUACGUGAUGGACACGUCUCGCAGCGUCAACCCCGUCACCUUCAUGUCCAACAUGCUGUACGCCUGCAGCAUCCUCUAUAAGACCAAGCUGCCCUUCAUCGUGGCCAUGAACAAGACCGACAUCAUCGAUCACAGCUUCGCCGUGGAGUGGAUGCAGGACUUUGAGGCCUUCCAGGAUGCUCUGAACCAAGAGACGUCGUACGUGAGCAACCUGACCCGCUCCAUGAGCCUGGUUCUGGACGAGUUCUACACCAACCUGAGGGUGGUGGGCGUGUCGGCGGUGACGGGAAGCGGCCUGGACGAGCUCUUUGUUCAGGUGGAAGAUGCAGCCAAAGAAUACGACAGGGACUACCGGCCGGAGUAUGAGCGACUGCGCAGGCAGCUGGUGGAGGCGCAGAGCAGGAAGCAGCAGGAGCAGCUGGAGCGCCUCAGGAAGGACCUGGGAGCCGUGGACUUGGCCUCCGCUGCGUCUCCAGGGGAACCGGACCGGGCCGGACCCAGCGACCUGAUCAUGACCCGCGGGAUGCCUGACGACAGCGAGGAGGAGCAGGACAGCGACACGGACGACAUCGACCACUGCGCGACCGAGGAGAGCAAGGAGGGCGACGCCUUCGGAAACUUCCUGAAGGAGAGGAAGGAAGUUGUUCAGGUGCGGAACAGGAAGUGCACCACGCCCGACGCGCCCUGACCAAUAAAACGGAGCAGCUGAUUGGCUGCUUUCCCACUGGGAGGAGAAGAAGAAGAAGAAAAGUCUUUAUUUUUAUAUGAAAACUCUGUAAAAGUACUGAAAUAAAGUUCUGAGCUGCGGUCUGCGGCCAACAUGA